AUGUAUAAUGAAGCAAUUUAUCUUUUCUUUUCAGGCAUCUAUUUGACGGUGACAAUGGGUAUGACGUCGUUGUCCAUCAUCCUGACUGUGUUCGUUCUUCAACUGCACCACGUGGGACCACAGCAAAAGCCAGUGGCAAGAUGGCUAAAAAUCCUGAGCUUCAACUUUCUUGCCCGUCUGGUGUGCGUUUCCACGCACGGCCGGCGCGAACCUUGGCGGAGAUACACCAUGACAGACAACAUCCCCCGAGAGGACAUGUGUCUGACCACAUACGUGGACAGCACCUGCACGACCGACCCAGCCAAUUGCAACGGCACUAUCGCCUCUACUAACGCCUUAAAUAUGGCGUCCGACAAAGGCGGCGGCUGCAGUGGUCUGGGAGGCGAGCAGAAUGGAGAACGAAUCACCAGACACUUGAAAAUCCUCGUCUCGCGACAAGAGGCCGAUGACCAUGAAGAAAUCGUACUCGAAUGGCGAUUAGUCGCACUCGUCAUGGACCGCUUUUUAUUUUGGUUGUUUCUUAUUGGUUCUUUCCUCUCAUCUCUGGUAAUUUUGGUCAUUGAGCCUUUGCGAAAACCAGAUGUAAAUCCAGACGCAGCCUCCUGA